GCACCAUGAAGGUCAAAAUACUUCAAUGGCAUGCUGUGGCUUCUUGGACAUGGGAUGCUCAAGAUGAAACAUGCAGUAUCUGUAGAAUGGCAUUUGAUGGCUGCUGCCCUGAUUGCAAAUUCCCUGGUGAUGACUGCCCAUUGGUUUGGGGUGCAUGUAACCAUUCUUUCCAUCUUCACUGCAUACUGAAGUGGGUGAACUCACAGAACUCACAGGCAUCCCAGCAACAGCCACAAUGUCCCAUGUGUCGCAGAGGGUGGCAAUUUAAAGCAUGAGAAUUGAGUUCUUGGAAGCAACUUGUUAUUUACGGUUGGUUAAUGUACUAGAAAAUGGAGUAUUUUCUGUUAUAUGAAAGUUGGAGACUUCCCUUCUCUUUUUCAUGUAAAAUGUAGGUUGGAGAAUGUCAAAGCUACUGACAUGAAGUGUUCCUUUAUCUGCCAAUUUUGAUCAUAUUAA